AUGGCACCGCCUUGCGAACCAGGGAGCAAGGUUUAUGUCGAGGGCUUCUUUUCUUCGGGAGAUGGGAAGCAGCUCUCGCGCUUCGAUCUUUUCAUUGUUUGCUUACUACUCGUAUCCUCGUACUGCGGAGUACGAACGAUGGAAACUGCUGCAUGGUAUGUGAGAAAAGACGGGAGAUUUUCAGGAAUCUCUGGUCGACAAUUGAUAUCUCUCCAUCUAGAAGCCCAUAUUCAUCAGCACGCUUCCGACGUCUCAGGGCCAGCUCUUAGCAUGAUACCGAUCUUAUUGCAAUGGGAUACGUUGCCUCUUGAUCUCAGCGCGCGCGAUGCAUCUAUCGCUAUCACGGGCAAUGGGUCGAUAUACAUGAUGAGGGACUUGUGCUUGGGGUUAUUUUUGUGCACAGCCUUAGCUCACGAUUUCAGUUUGAAGUCGUUGACCAUUGUGAGCUUAUGGUUCGUUGUAACGUCUUGGCUGGAAGACGGGUAUACUAUCAUAACAUUAACAAGGACUGGCAAGCCAUCGUUGUUCCCUGAAAUCCUUCGUGCUGACAUUUCUGAUAUAGGACAUGUUGAGACUCCGUUAAUUCUCGUUGGUUAUUAUGCAAAGGAAACUUUGGUGAAUACUCUUCGAGGGGCGCAUCUGCUGUGGAUGGGACGUAGCAUAUACGCUGUCGUUUUGACUAAGGUGUCCUGCGGAAUGCAGACGGUGGCCGGUUAUGGGCUUACCGGAGGAAUUUAUGAAACUGAAUCUUACAUGCUGGUGCAGGCGCCAGCUUCAGAUCUCAGAGACGUGCUGCGCUAA